CAAGAGGGUGAAGAAUGAGAAUGGCAGGCAGGAAUUCUGUCAAUGACUUUGUGUGGACAGUAAUGACCGCACGCUUCCGGUUGCCUGCUGGCAGAUCCUACAAUGUCCGAGCAUCGGAGCUGGCACGAGACAGGCAGCACACAGAGGUGGUCUGUAAUGUACUUCUACUGGACAACACUGUUCAAACCUUCAAAGUUAACAAGCACGAUCAAGGACAGGUCCUGCUGGAUGUAGUCUUCAAACACCUGGAGCUGACCGAGAGGGACUACUUUGGGCUGCAGCUGGCCGAGGAUUCCUCCGAUAGUCCGAGGUGGCUGGAUCCAAACAAGCCCAUUAGGAAACAAUUAAAAAGGGGUUCUCCUCACAGUUUGAACUUCAGAGUCAAAUUUUUUGUAAGCGACCCAAAUAAACUUCAGGAAGAUUACACAAGGUACCAGUAUUUUCUGCAGAUCAAACAGGACAUUCUCAGUGGAAGGCUGCCUUGCCCCCACAACACUGCCGCUCUACUUGCUUCGUUCGCCGUUCAGUCCGAGCUGGGAGACUACAACCAUUUAGAGCACUUGCCUGGCUACCUCGCUGAGUACUGUUUCAUCCCCAACCCGCCCCAAGACUUUGAGAAAGAGAUCGCUAAGCACCAUCAGCAGCACAACGGACUGUCUCCUGCCCAGGCGGAGUUCAAUUACCUGAACGCGGCGCGCACGUUGGAGCUCUACGGAGUUGAAUUGCACUAUGCAAGGGAUCAAAGUAACACUGAGAUUUUAAUUGGGGUGAUGUCAGCAGGGAUUGUCAUUUAUAAGAACAGGGUACGAAUCAACUGCUUUCCAUGGUUGAAGAUUGUAAAAAUAUCUUUUAAAUGUAAACAGUUUUUUAUCCAACUCCGAAGAGAAUUGAAUGAGACUCGAGAGACGCUGCUUGGAUUCAACAUGGUCAACUACAGGGCCUGCAAGAAUCUGUGGAAGGCCUGUGUGGAGCACCACACCUUCUUCCGCCUGGACCGGCCCCUGCCCCCACAGAAGAACUUCUUUGCACAUUAUUUCACCUUGGGCUCCAAGUUCCGCUACUGUGGAAGAACAGAAGUGCAGUCCGUGCAGUAUGGCAAGGAGAAGGGGAUCAAAGACAGGGUGUUCGCAAGGUCUCCCAGCAAGCCCCUGGCCCGGAAGCUGAUGAGCGGGAUGGACUGGGAAACCGUGAGCAGGAAUUCCCUGUCGGACGAGCGCCUGGAGACCCAGAGUCUGCCCACGCGCUCCCCGCCCGGCACCCCCAACCACAGGAACUCCAUGUUUGCACAAGAGGGGACCCGCCUGCGACCGUCUUCCGUAGGACACCUUGUGGACCAUGUGAUCCACACGUCACCUGGGCAGGCCUUCGCCAACCACAAAUCGGCCUCCUCCACCCAGGCCAACAGCAUCAGCCUGGACUCCUCCCCGUCGCCGGAGGCCACCAUUGACGGCCAGCCCCCUGCGUUGCCGCCCAAGCAGUCCCGGAAGACCGUCUACAGCCAGAUCAUCCAGUCCCAUUCUCAGCAGGAGCUGGACAACCACAUCAACGAGAUGUACGACGUCCCGGCCGCCACGGACAAGUCCAUGCUGAAUGGAGUCGUUCCUCACGACAAUCUCGUCUUGAUCAAAAUGAGGCCCGAUGAAAACGGACGAUUUGGCUUUAAUGUCAAGGGCGGCUCAGAUCAGAAGAUGCCUGUGAUCGUGUCUCGGGUGGCUCCUGGAACGUCGGCUGACCUGUGCGUGCCCCGCCUGAACGAGGGCGACCAGGUCGUGCUGAUCAACGGCCGGGACAUCUCGGAGCACACCCACGACCAGGUGGUCAUGUUCAUCAAGGCCAGCUGCGAGAGCCACUCCGGAGAGCUCAUCCUGCUCGUCCGACCCAACGCCAUCUAUGACGUGGUGGAGGAGAAGCUGGAGACGGAGCCGGACUUCCAGUACAUCCCUGAGAAGUCUCCCCUGGACCCGUCCCAGCUGGAUGAGAACGCCUGGAGGGAGUCCAUGCAGCAGCUAAAGGAGGGCCUCAGCAGCGGCGCUGUGCUGGCCCAGUUCGACCAAUUAUAUCGGAAAAGGCCUGGAAUGACUAUGUCAUGUGCCAAAUUACCUCAGAACAUUUCCAAAAACCGAUACAGAGACAUCUCACCUUAUGAUGCAACACGGGUUAUUCUGAAGGGCGCGGACGACUACAUCAAUGCAAAUUACAUCAAUAUGGAAAUCCCAGCUUCCAGUCUCAUUAACCGCUACAUCGCCUGCCAAGGGCCCCUGCCCAACACAUGCCCUGACUUCUGGCAGAUGACCUGGGAGCAGGGCUCCUCCAUGGUGGUCAUGCUCACCACCCAAGUGGAGAGAGGCCGGGUAAAAUGUCAUCAGUACUGGCCGAACCCCUCUGGCAGUGCCACCUAUGGCAACUUCCAGGUUACCUGUCUGUCUGAAGAAGGGAACUCUGCAUUCCUGGUCAGAGACAUGACACUCACCAACCUGGAGAGCAGCGAGAGUCGGCAGCUAACCCAGAUCCAGUACCUGGCCUGGCCAGACCAUGGCGUGCCUGACGACUCCACAGACUUCCUGGACUUUGUCAGCCUGGUGCGCAGCAAGAGGGCUGGCAAGGAUGAGCCGGUGGUGGUCCACUGCAGCGCCGGGAUUGGCCGGACUGGAGUUCUCAUCACCAUGGAAACAGCGAUGUGUUUGAUUGAAUGCAAUCAGCCCGUGUACCCAUUAGACAUCGUGAGGACGAUGAGAGACCAGAGGGCCAUGAUGAUUCAGACUCCUAGCCAGUACAGGUUCGUCUGUGAAGCGAUCCUGAAGGUGUACGAGGAGGGACUGGUCAAGCCCCUGAAGUCCACACUGUAUGAAUGAAAGCAAGAGGACGACUGACUCUGCCGAGCAGGGAGUCUCAGGCCGCAGGCCGGACUUCACACGGCCGCGUCAAGUACCAUCACGGCUUUUUUUUUUUUUUCUUCUUCUUCUUCUUUUCCCAGCAGAGGCUGUCCGCCACUUAUCAAAAGGACAUCGAGCGGAAACUGGGAGAGCUUCGAACAUUGGAGAAAAC